CACUUUAGUGACUCAUUUGCGAGACGAGCUCUAUGGCAAGAGGGAUGGGGUAGUUCCUCAUCGCUCAAAGUUGUUGCGCUUUCAUGCCGCUGAAAGGUAGACAUGAGACUGGUCACGAUGUUGGCCACUUCCUGAAUGUUCAUGAAGGCCCGCACGGUAUCGGCACCCGCGUAGCGUAUAACAGCACCUCUUUGAAAGUGGGCAUGACCGUUUCAAAUGAACCGGGCUACUACGCCGACGGACGCUACGGAAUCCGCAUUGAAAGCGUCGUCAUCGUUCGAGAGGCUAAGACACCAAACAACUUUGGGAACGGGUACCUUUUUAUAAUCAUGUGACGAUGUCACGUGUCUUAUCCAAACGAAGCUGAUCGAUUUAUCAGUACUGACCGUGCGGGAAAAUGAGUGGCUCAACUCACAUCAUGUGGAGACGCUGGAGAAGGUAGGACCUCUGCUCCGUAACGACCCACGCGCUCUUCGGU